UCAUGUGAUCGAUAGCUCAGCACUCCCUGUCGGGUUUUCCAUCACACCGCACACGACAUCCACCAUGAAGCCACUAAGUAUCCGCUGCAUGAAGUUCUUUCUUACAUUGCUCAAUAUCUUGUUCAUUUUGUUCGGGUUGGCAUUGAUCGCGGUGUCGGUGAUGAACAUGCGCGAGCGCAGAAUCCGGCCUGAACAGUCCACUGUCUCUCGUGGAGUGCUGUCUUUCCUGUUGACUGUGGGUUUGGCGCUGCUUGUUGCGGCGGUGCUGGGCUGCGUCGGUGCACUUAGAGAAAAUGUCAAGUUACUCUAUGCGCAUGCAUGUUUCUUCAUCUUCCUGAUACUGCUGGAAGCAGCUGUGGCAGUAGGCGGCGCACUAGUCAGUACGUGGGUCACAAGCGGCAAUAGCCUUCGCGGACAAUUUUUCAAGAACGCCACGAUUGAGGACCAGACCACUCAAGCAUAUUGGGACCGUAUCCAGGCAGAGGUGAUGUUCAUUUUAUAUAAGGGAAUGUAUGGUCCACGAGACUACAAAUCCCUCCAACGUGAAAUACCAGCAUCUUGUUGUCCUGAAGGAUAUCCUAUAAAAGAGGGGGGAGCUAGGAAACAUCUGCAUGGUUCCUGUAUCGCUGAACGAACGUACUAUGCCAGAGGCUGUGAGAAGGUUUUGCUCCACAAGAAAGCUUACAAAGGCAACAUCAUCAUUGUAUCUGGUGUUGUUUUUAUUAUGUUCGAAAUUCUCUGCGAGUCCUUGGCGGUCUGGAUGGCCAGGACGAUUAAAUCGGAGCGCAAAAGAAUGCAACAAAACUUGCAAGCGCAUUUCGAAUCUUAG